AUGGAGCUGGUCUACAACAGCACUCUCAAUAGAAUCGGCGAUCAUUCUCAAAUCCUCAAUUUGGAGUCCAGAAGCAUGGCAGUAUUUGAGCGACAUACAAUUACGGUUGAAAAGGUGAAGGAGAUUGAUUAUUACACCUGCAGUAGACAAUUCGAUAGUGGAAGUUAUGUCUUUGAUGAGUCAGCUCUGACUCGACGUCUACUAUGGCAGACAUCAAUCGCGGCGGCUGCAUUUUUUGCGCCUCGGCUUCUCGGAUCGCCAUAG